CUAUCUCGAGGAAGGAUCUAACACAUUGCUUUGCAGUUUGCAAUGAAAACAAGCACACAUCUUGUUAUCAAUAUUGUUAUGUGCUGCAUUGUGCUCUCCCAUCCCGUGACACCUACAAGAUCAAAUCAUACCGAGAUCAAGGUAGGGUUACUUCUUGAUUUAAAUUCGAGGCUAGGGAAGAUGAUGGAGUCUUGCAUGAGGAUGGCUCAUUUCGACUUCUACAAAUCGCAUCCGCUUUAUCGGACUAGAUUGCUCUUUCGCACCAAGAACUCUCAUGAUAUCUUGGAUGCUGCUUCCGGAGCUCUAGAAUUACUAAAUAAUGAUGAAGUCCGAGCCAUCCUCGGCCCCCAAACCACUCCUGAAGCAAAAUUUGUUGUCGAGCUUGGAAUAAAAACUCAAGUGCCUAUUGUCUCCUUUUCUGCCACAAGCUCUUCUCUCUCGCCUGCACGGAGCCCUUACUUCAUUCAGAUGGCAGGGUCUGAUAGUUGUCAAUCGAAAGCUAUGGCCGCUAUUGUUGAAGGAUAUGGAUGGCAGGAAGUUGUCAUUGUGUACGAGGACAACGGCUACCAUGAUGAAUUUAUCCGAAAUUUGAGUGAUGCAAUCAGGAAGGCAGGCAUUCAAAUACUAUUGACAAGUGCUGUUUCUCUUUCUGCUAAUGAUUCACAAAUAUUAGAUGAAGUUUAUAAGUUAAAAACAGUUUCAGCAAGAGUUUUCUUGGUGCACAUGACUUCCCUCCUUGGAUCAAGAUUUUUUAUUCAUGCAAAAAGUGCAGGAAUGAUGAGUGAAGGAUACGCAUGGUUGAUAACUGAUGGUUUAUCAAAUUUGCUAGGUUCCAUGGACGCGACAGUUAUAGAUGCAAUGCAAGGUGUUCUGGGAUUAAGGCCCUAUGUAUCGAAGUCAAAAGAUCUUACAACUUUCAGAGAAAGGUGGGAAAGGAAGUCACAGUAUACAAAGCCUAAAGCUGAGCUGAAUAUCUAUGCAUUGUGGGCGUAUGAUGCAGUUUGGGCACUAGCUAUGGCCAUAGAGAGGAUGGGUCCAAUAAACUUUAAGGAGACAGAACAGCACAAUGCACAGAAUAUGAACGAUUUAAGCAGUUCUAAAGCAGGUCCAGUACUUCUGAAAGAAAUUUUGAGUACCAGGUUUAAGGGUUUGAGUGGAGAUUUUAAUUUGGUAAAUGGCCAAUUGCUGAUAUCAACCUUUGAAAUACUCCAUGUAAUAGGAAAAGGAGAGAGACCGAUAGGUUACUGGACAGCAAAUAGAGGGUUAUCAAGAUAUCCAGAUUCUGUUGGCAGAUCUUCAAAAUAUUCGACUUCUGUUAAUGUUCUAAGAAGCAUCAUCUGGCCAGGAGACUCGACAGUUAAGCCAAUGUAUUGGGCUGUACCAUCAUCAGGGAAAAGGUUGAAAGUAGGGAUUCCAGUGAAAGAGGGUUUUACUGAAUUUGUGAAGCUUAAAGAGUUUCAUAAUUCCAAGGAAUAUAAUGUCACUGGUUUCUGUGCAGAUUUAUUCCGAGAGUUAUUAGUGCGUUUACCAUUCAAAAUUGACAAUCCUCAGUAUAUCCCUUUUGGGGACCCAGCCACAGGUAAAAGUGCUGGGAGUUACGAUGAUCUUCUUACGCAGAUUGAAGACAAGAAAUAUGAUAUUGUGGUUGCUGAUGUGACAAUUUUGGCUGAGCGUGCGCAAAAAGUCGACUUUAGUACACCGUACUUGGGAUCAGAGGUUGUAAUGCUUAGACAAGUAAAAUAUGACGGUGUCAAUUAUAUGUGGAUAUUCUUGAAGCCAUUCAGUUCAGACCUCUGGCUGACUAUUGGGAUUUCUUGUAUCUUUAUGGGUGCGGUAGUUCGAACACUGGAGCACCGUGCGAAUACCCAACGACAACUUGGAAUGCUGGUUUGGUUCCCAUUGGCCUCGCUUGUUUUCCCUGAAAGAAAUAUGGUUGCUAGCAAAUGGUCUAAAUUUGUACUGGUCAUAUGGUUGUUCACUGCAUACAUUGUGAUGCAAAGUUACACAGCCAAUCUAUCUUCAAAUUUGACUGUGUCGCGGUUGCAACGUCCCACAGACAAACUUUAUUGUAUUGGUUUCCAGGAGGGUUCUUUUGUUAAAGAAAUGUUGACCAAGAGGCUGGACUUCAAUGUGUCGAGGAUCAAGUCUUAUGCAAGUGUGGAGCAAUAUCACGAUGCCCUUUCUAAGGGAUGCCAUAAUGGAGGAGUUGAUGCUAUUCUUGACGAGCUUCCCUACAUCAAGAUCUUUCUUGACACGUAUGGUGAAACCAACUAUAUACUGCAAGGAUCCUCGUACAAAACAGGGGGGCUUGGCUUUGCAUUUCCAAAAGGAUCUGCUUUGGCUCCUCAUAUUUCAAUGGCUCUCUUAAAUCUUACCGGAAGUGGAGAGAUGCAUGCCAUCUUGAGCAAGAAUUUUGGGCCAGAGUACUCUGACAGUGAUUACUCUUUUAACUCAGCUUCACAUGUUAGCAGCAUUGGCACCAAAAGUCUCGCAGGUCUCUUCAUUAUCAGUGGUACCAUGGCAAUCUUCGCAUUACUCUUCUCAGCACCCUGGUUUCAGCAAAGAUUUUCUGACGUGUCAACACGUUACAAACAAUCUUGCGUCUUCCCAUCUCCCCCUUCUGAUGUAAUUGAGUUAAGUGUCCACUCUGCUCUUGACAUCAGAGUCGAUUUUUCCACUACUGCUGUUACUGAGAACUCGUUCACUAUGCCAAAUCAGAGUGAUGAGAACGGUCAUACUGGUGUCGCGAUUAGUGAAGAUGAUGUCAACCUUAAUGAAGCCGGAUCCUGUUGAUACUCCAUGAACUGGAUCACUCCUGCGGAAAUGACACAUUAUUACGAUACAAUGUGAGUUUUGAAUGCCAAUUUCUAUGUAUCUGAUGCUCCAUAUUUGAGUAGCAUCUGAGCAUCUAAUAAGUAUACAAGUUUUGGAUAGAUUAUAUACUAGUAGUGUUGCCUUCUUGGUGCGCAUAUCAUUAUAUAUCUCAUACAAUAAAGAGUGAAAAGCAUGUAGCAGUACACCAAGCAUAAAAAAUGGA